AUGAUCACAACUAAUAAUGAAUAUUGUUCUUAUUGUCCACCAUCAUCUUAUGUACCUCUGCGUUCAACAUGGGCAAGAGCUGUUUUAAAGAAAAUAGAAAGUGAUAAAUGUUUAAAAAAUAUCGAUCGAAAUAAAUGGUACCGUUUAUCACGUCAAGAUCUUUUAUAUGAUGAAUACCGAGAAUAUUUUCAUGAAUUUAAUGAAGAUGAAGAAACAACAACAUUUAUUAAACAAAGUGAACAACAAUCUGAUAAUAUUCCUUUACAAAUCUUUCAUAGUAUACUUACUUCAUUAUUAACACUUUUUAUGACAAGAACAUCAGCUAAUGGUUUAAUCGGUCGUGGUCGUAUGUUUGUAUAUUCGACACGUCAAUUUAAAGCUUUACUUGAUGUAGAAUCUCAUGAAGAAUCUUCCUUCAAUACUCUUCUUGAUAUUGGUGCUGGUGAUGGUUCAGUAACUGAACGAAUGUCGAGUCUAUUUAAAAAAGUUUAUGUAACAGAAUUAUCUCCCACAAUGCAGUGGCGUUUAUCAACAUAUGGUUAUACAGUAUUAAAUCCAGAUCAUUGGGAUAAUUUAACAUUUGAUGUUAUAACAUGUUUAAAUGUUCUUGAUCGUUGUGAAAAACCAUUAACAUUAUUAAAACAAAUACGUAAACAUUUAAAUCCUAAAACUGGUCGUUUAAUUAUAAGUCUUGUUUUACCAUUUCAACCAUAUUUUGAAUAUAAUAAUAAUCAUUAUCCAAAUGAAUCAAUAGAAAUUCAAGGUGUUUUACCAGAAGAACAAAUCAAUAGUUUUCUAUUGAAUGUUUUUCAACCAUUAGGUUUUCGUUUAAAAAAAUUAACACGUUUACCAUAUUUAUGUGAAGGUGAUAUUGAACGAAGUUAUUAUUUUCUUUUUGAUUAUUUAUUUGUACUAGAGAUGUCAUGA